UCUGCAAAGAGGUUGUCCAUCCAUUUUAAGAGGGAGAGGGAGAGCAGAAAUGGAAAAGGUAGUGUGUGUAACAGGAGCAUCCGGUUACAUAGCAUCCUGGUUGGUCAAGCUUCUCCUCCAGCGUGGCUACACUGUUAGGGCCACCGUCAGGAACCCCCGUGAUUCGAGCAAGGUUGCGCAUCUAAAAUCACUCGAAGGAGCUAAUGAGAGAUUGCAUUUUUAUGAAGCUGACUUACUCGAAGAAGGUUCGUUCGAUUCUGUAGUUGAUGGCUGCCAAACAGUGUUCCACACUGCAUCACCCGUUGCCCUUUCCGUUUCCGAUCCACAGACAGAGCUCAUUGAUCCUGCGCUCAACGGCACCGUCAAUGUCCUCAAUUCCUGCAUUAAAGCAUCAACCAUCAAAAGAGUAGUCAUCACAUCUUCGAUUACAUCUGUUAUGGUCAAUUACGAUUCUCUAAACCUAGGAGAGGAUGUUAUUAUAGAUGAGACUUGGUUUUCAGAUCCAAUCUUCUGCCGUGAGAGGAAUGAUUGGUAUUCUCUGUCUAAAACUCUAGCAGAGACAGCUGCAUGGAAAAUGGCGCGAGAGAAUGGGCUCGAUUUGGUUACGUUACACCCAGGCUUAACCAUUGGCCCUCCGCUGCAGCCAUCUCUCAACUUGAGUUGUUAUGCUCUUCUCAUUCUCAUCAAAGAAGGAAAAAAGUUGAUGCCUAAUGUUGUGUACCGAUAUGUGGAUGUUCGAGAUGUUGCUCUUGCACAUAUUGCAGCAAUGGUGAAUCCAUCUGCAAACGGCAGAUACUGCCUGGUUGGGAGGGUGGCUUAUUGGUUUGAAACACUUGACAUUUUGAAACCCAAUUUCCCUACUCUCAACCUCCCCACAAUAGCACCGGAGGAUCGGCCGACCAAGCUGCUUUACCAAAUAUCUAGAGAGAGAGCUGAAAGUUUGGGCAUAAGUUUUAGGCCUCUUGAGGACACUCUCAAGGACUCUGUUGAAUGCUUCCGGGACAGAAAUUUGAUUACCUUGUGAAGCAAAUAAGGCCAUGUUUGGAUGUGUUCUUCAUUUUGAUUUCAUUGCUAAAUUUGUCUAGUGUUUUUUUUUCAAGUGCUCCAAGUUAUUUGUUAGUGCUACUACUUAAAUAACAAGAGUGGCUGUCAGUUAGACUUUUUUGAUGGCAUGUUUGUCUUUUGAAUGAUUUUUAUUGCUCGUCCUCA